AUGUCUUCUUCAAAGCGUAAAGAAAAGACUACUCUUAGCAAUCAACAAAGAAAAGAAAUUAUUGAAUUUAAAGAAAAACACCCAAGUAUUAGUAAUGUUGAUCUCGUCGAUUGGGUGAAAAAAAAUAUGGGUCUUGAAGUUCAUCCCUCUACCAUUGGGCGUCUAAUAAAAAAUAAAGAUAAUAUUGGGGAUAAUCUAUCUGCAAAAAGGCAGAAGACAGUACAGCAUCCAGACCUUGAAAAUUCAUUACUCGACCAAAUAACACAACAUGGUGAAGAUGCAUCCGUAGAUGAUGAUGUCGUUGCAACUGCGAUUCCUAAAUUAAGAGAAUUAUUAGCUAAAUUUGAUCUUAAAGGUAGAAAAAAAAAUAAAGAACAAUUAACUGUAGCAUUUUGUGUUAACGCUGAUGGAACAGAUAAACUUAAGCCGUUUGUAAUUGGAAAGUAUCCCAACCCACGCUGUUUCAAAGGUAUCAAACGCAACUUACUUGGUAUCACGUAUGAUAGUAGUGCCAAUGCAUAG